UUCUUCUUCUUCUUCUCAAUCUUUUCACAAGAAAAUAAAAAAAUUUCCCAAGAAAACACUCACAAAUACUAUGCAAGAAACAUAAUCUCCUCUUUUUAUCGCUUAUCUCCCUCUCCCUCUUUAUGAUCAUAUUAUCUUGAUUUUCGAUCGGUUUCUUUCGUAUAGUUGUAUAUACACACCAAAUCGUCGUCAUUUAUAGAUUAUGUGCAGCGUCUCUGAGCUUCUUGACAUGGAAAACUUUCAAGGAGACUUAACCGACGUUGUACGAGGAAUCGGAGGCCACGUGUUAUCACCGGAAACUCCUCCUCCGAACAUCUGGCCUCUUCCUCUGCCGCAUCCACCACCAUCGCCGUCAGAUCUUCACAUAAACCCCUUUGGAGAUCCCUUUGUGAGCAUGAACGAUCCUCUCCUCCAAGAACUCAACUCCGUCACAAACUCCAGCUAUUUCUCGAACGCCGGAGAUAACAACAACAACAAUAAUGGUUUCUUGGUUCCUAAGGUAUUUGAGGAGGAUCAUAUAAAGAGUCAAUGUAGUAUCUUCCCAAGAAUCCGGAUCUCGCAUAGUAACAUCAUCCAUGAUUCUUCUCCGUGUAAUUCUCCGGCCAUGUCGGCUCACGUUGUCGCAGCCGCAGCUGCCGCCUCGCCGAGAGGGAUCAUCAACGUAGACACAAACAGUCCUAGAAACUGUCUAUUGGUCGAUGGUAACACGUUCUCGUCGCAGAUUCAGAUAUCUUCCCCUCGGAAUCUAGGCCUUAAAAGAAGGAAGAGUCAGGCAAAGAAGGUGGUGUGUAUACCGGCGCCGGCUGCAAUGAACAGCCGAUCAAGCGGAGAAGUGGUUCCGUCUGAUCUAUGGGCUUGGCGUAAGUACGGUCAGAAACCCAUCAAAGGCUCUCCUUUUCCAAGGGGUUACUAUAGAUGCAGCAGCUCAAAAGGUUGUUCAGCAAGAAAGCAAGUCGAAAGGAGCCGAACCGAUCCUAACAUGUUGGUGAUUACAUAUACCUCCGAACAUAACCAUCCUUGGCCCAUUCAACGCAACGCUCUCGCUGGCUCCACACGCUCCUCCUCCUCCUCCUCUAACCCUAAUCCUUCCAAACCCUCAACCGCAAACAUAACCUCAUCAUCCAUUGGCUCCCAAAACACCAUAUAUUUGUCUUCCUCCACCAUUCCUCCUCCUUCUCUCUCAUCCUCCGCCGUUAAAGAUGAACGAGAGGACGACAUGCAGUUAGAAAACAUAGAAGACGAUGAGGAUAAUCAGAUUGCUCCGUAUAUACCGGAGCUUCAUGAUCAUCAGCACCAGCCAGAUGAUUUCUUCGCAGAUCUUGAAGAGCUAGAAGGAGAUUCUCUAAGCAUGUUGCUUUCUCAAGGCUGCACCGGCGACGGUAAAGAUAAAACGACCGCGUCCGAUGGGAUCAGCAAUUUCUUCGGCUGGUCGGGAGAUAAUAAUGAUAAUUACCACGACCAAGACUCAAGGUCGUUAUAGAUAUAUAGUGUUAAUUACAGGUAAAGAAAUUAUUUUUAAUUAAGUUGAGCUUGUUAAAAUGAAAGAUCAUGUAUAGUCUGGUCAUGUGGGGGUAAUGAGCUGGUUACUUGACAGACCGUAAACAGUAUUUAUCGUCAUUUGUUAUACAUUUGUUUUUUUUCUUCCGGAA